CGUUUUUUUCAUUCAUUCCUCUAUAGUUGCAAUUCAUAUUUUAAAUUUUAAUUGUUCUGCAUUUAUUAUUCGUAUUUAAUUACUAAUUAUUAAUUAUUAUUUUCGAAUGUUGCUGAUUCCACGGUAUCGAUCAAAUAGUAGUGCAUAUCAACUACUAUUAGAUAUUUAGAUCCAGCUACUUUUAUCAAUUACGCUACUUCUUUCGAUCUGAUAUUAAUAGCCAAAAGUAUUCUAUUCAGAUCAGAUAUUUUAGAAUUUCAUAAUUCCUCACUUUUGGAAAGCUCAUCAUAACUUCAUUCACAAUUUUCUUAGCAUUUCGAUCACUUUCUUCUUCUUCUUCUUCUUCUUCUUCUUCUUCUUCUUCUUCUUCUUCUUCUUCUUCUUCUUACGCUUUUAAGGAAGCAAGAUUUUUAACUUUAUAAACUCAACACAAACUUACCAAUCAUACGAUAGAAUCGCGGAUUUAACAUAAGUUUUAUCUCGUGAACAUUUGCUGUGUUUGAAUACGUGAUUUUGAAUUAAAAAUUUUGGUAUGGGUACCGCUGCCGUAGAUCAAAGUCUCUAUCCAUUGCAUCGUUGCAAAACUAUUCACUUGGUUAGGCAUGCCCAAGGAAUUCAUAAUGUUGAGGGAGAGAAGAACCAUGAUGCCUAUAUGUCUGAGAAUCUUUUUGAUGCGCAACUAACACCUCUUGGUUGGAAGCAGGUUGCGAAUCUGCGAAACCAUGUCAAGUCUUGUGGACUUUCCAAAAGAAUUGAACUAGUUAUUGUUUCCCCCCUGUUGAGGACUAUGCAAACAGCAGCUGGUGUCUUUGGUGGUGAAGCACAUGCUGAUGGGAAUAAGGAAGCUCCUUUGAUGACACAAAAUGUUGGAGAUAGCAAUCAUCCUGCAAUUUCUAGUCUUAACUCUCCACCAUUUUUAGCAGUAGAGCUAUGCCGAGAACAAAUAGGGAAUCAUCCUUGUGAUAAGAGAAGAACCAUCAGUGAAUACCGGAAUAUGUUUCCAGCAAUUGAUUUUUCACUGAUUGAAACUGAUGAGGACACCUGGUGGACUCCAGAAAGAGAGAAGAGAGAAGAAGUUACUGCUAGGGGACUGAAGUUUCUUGACUGGUUGUGGACACGCCAAGAGAAGGAAAUAGCGAUCGUUACUCACAGCAGUUUUCUGUUUAAUACACUAAGUGUUUUUGGAAAUGAUUGUCACCCAAAUGUGAAGAGCGAAAUAGGCAAACACUUUGCCAAUUGUGAGCUACGUUCAAUUGUUCUGGUUGACAGAGGUAUGAUUGGAUCAGAUGAGUCAAGUACUAAUUAUCCUGGCAAGAUUCCUUCUGGCCCUGAUCUUCCCAGUGAUCUUGCUGAUGAUAAGCAUUCAGCCAAUGGAUCCACUAAUUAAUAACUUAUUUCCUCGGUGAUUAAUGAUGGACUAGUAUAUAGAUGAGAUUUUCGUCCAGGAUAUAGUGAAUUCUUAAUCUUAAUUGCGUUUACAAGCAAAGUUUCAUGUAUUUGUUUCAUAGAAUAAAAGAAAGAAAACUAUAUUCAAGUAGUUAUAUGGAAUUAAGUAAAUCGGUGAAUGAUGGAGAAACUAGUUCUUUAAUAGACACAAAUAUGAAUGCAUGUUAUUAUUACUUUA